AUGUUAAGGUAUCAGAGCACACAUUCGGAGCUGCUUCCGUACAAGGCUAACGUCACACUGCAGGCAUUCUACCGUCGAGCCUCUGCAAACACGGCGAUUCUACACCACCGUGAAGCCCUCCGCGACUGGAAGCUUGUCGUCAAGAAGGCCCCCAAUGAUGCCACGGCGAAGCUGCGUAUGGCUGAGUGUGACAAGAUCGUUAAGCGGGAUGCCUUCUUGAAGGCAAUCGAGGUUGAGGAUGCCCCGUCGGCGGCAGAGGGUCUUGAUUUGGAAUCCAUGGUCGUGGAUGCAGGGUACGACGGCGUUAAGCUCGACAAGGAAAUGACGGUAGAGUUUAUUGAGGACAUGAUAGAACGGUUCAAGAAUGGGAAGAAGAUUGCGAGGAAGUAUGUCUUCCAGAUCAUCUUGGCCGUUAUGGACCUUGUCAGGAAGGAGCCAACUAUGGUGGAGUGCGAUGUUGAAGCGGGGCAUGAGAUCACCGUGUGCGGAGAUACGCACGGCCAAUUCUUCGACCUCAUGGAGAUCUUCCGUCUCGCUGGCACACCCACUAAAAAGAACGCCUACUUGUUUAAUGGUGACUUCGUCGACCGAGGGUCUUGGUCCACUGAAGUCGCUCUCACGCUUUACGCCUACAAGUGGCUUUACCCCAAUACCUUCUUCCUGAACCGUGGUAACCAUGAGACGGACGACAUGAACAGGAUGUAUGGCUUCGAGGGCGAAUGUCGAGCUAAAUACACUGAGCGAGUCUUCAAGCUUUUCUCCGAGUCCUUCUCCGCGCUGCCCCUAGCUACUCUCAUCGGAAAGAAGUACUUUGUUCUUCACGGCGGGCUAUUCUCGGACGACAAGGUCACUUUAGACGACAUUAGGAAACUCGACCGCUUCAAGCAGAGACAGCCAGGGCAAUCUGGUCUUAUGAUGGAAAUGCUCUGGACAGACCCACAGACGCAACCAGGACGUGGGCCUAGCAAGCGCGGCGUUGGUCUUCAAUUCGGACCCGAUGUCACCAAGAGGUUCUGCGAAGCGAACAAAAUUGAUGCCAUCAUCCGAUCACACGAAGUCCGAAUGGAGGGCUACGAGGUCGAACACGAUGGACGCUGUAUCACUGUCUUCUCCGCCCCGCACUACUGCGACAGCACCGGCAACAAGGGCGCGUUCAUCAAGAUCGGACCAGACUAUAAGCUGAACUACACAAAGUUUGACGCAGUACCGCAUCCGAACGUGAAGCCAAUGGCGUAUGCAGCGAGCGGCCUCAUGAACAUGUUAUAA